AUGCAACAAUAUGACCGGUCAAUGAGAGCCUCUGCCAAGUCAUCAGGAGAAACCUUGAGGGAAAAGCCAAAAGCAUCUCAUGCAUUGAGAGAUAUGGAUAGUGUGGCGGCUUACAGCGAAAAUGGUGGCAUGGCCAGGGUCUGCGAGGUGGGCAAAGAGAUGUGCUGGAACCAAGCGCCCAUCACUGCCAGCAUGGCAAGCCGCCCAUUCUUAAUUUCCUUAGUCCUGAGCUCCUUUAUCUUCUGCGGGGAGCCUGAGCCCCAGCCGAGAGGGUCGAACCAGAGCCCUCCCGGGUACCCCACAUCUGUCCCUGUCAACUUGUUGUUGGGAAAGAUGGGGUCUGUGUUGACGCUCCCCGGCUUAAUGAUGUCUGCCCAGCGCCGGCCCUCAGCCCAACCAAUGAGGAUUAGCUCGACUAUGAAGAGUGUGGUGGUGUCGGUGAAGUACUCCUGCUCCCCUGCAGUGUACCAUGAUGGGGUGUUGAGGAUCCCUAUUUUUGUAAGGAACUCCGGAAUGAAGAUGCCUGCUGCGCCGAGCAUCGCCCACCUGCAGUGGACGAGCUCUGCUUGCUGGUUCCAUUUCAAGCUCUCCGGGUCUGAUGCUUUAGAGACCAUACCUAAGCCCAGAGGAUCAAAACCAAAGUCUCCUGGAAGGCUGCAACAACAUAUAUAA